AUAGCAGCCCAACCGACCCGGCCCCGUCUCGUCGUUUCUUCUCGGAAGCCAGCAGCGCCCAGAUCCCACCCGCUCCGCAAACCACCGCCACUUCCACUGUCCCCUGCCUGGCCUCGGAUCAAAGCAGUAAUACGCUUAAUCGCGGCCGGUUCGAGCCCUCUCCGGUCGCGGGACGCGCUUGCGCACUAGCAGGAUUUCUCCCGGGAGGCCUCAGCCUCGGCUCUCGGCCCCCUCCCUCCCCGCGCGAGUCCCCUGGGUCUCGAGACUCGCGCGUUGCGUGGGCCACUGGGUCCUGGUUGUGAAGCCGGAAAGGCAAGGAAAGAAGGCUUCAGAGUCUGGUCUGGGUUCAAGCCAUGAUGGAGAGGUCGCUGCUGGAGGCGCUGGCCACGGCGGCGCAGGGAGGCACCACGGGGACGUCGGUGCUGGACAUGCUCAAGUACGCCGUGCUGCCCAUCGCCAAGGUGUUCACCGUCUGCUUCAUGGGGUUCCUCAUGGCCUCCAAGUACAUCAACAUCCUCCAGCACAACGGCCGCAAGCUUCUCAACGGGCUUGUGUUUUCGCUUCUGCUUCCUUGCCUUAUAUUUUCCCAAUUGGGUAGAGCAAUCACAAUCGAAAAGAUGAUACAAUGGUGGUAUAUUCCAGUAAAUAUUGUUGUAGGAGCAGUGUCUGGAUCUUUGAUUGGCUUUGUUGUGGCAUCUAUCAUCCGACCCCCUUACCCGUACUUCAAGUUCACUGUUAUCCAUAUAGGAAUAGGAAAUAUUGGAAAUAUACCUCUGGUCCUCAUUGCAGCAUUAUGUCGGGAUCCAUCUAAUCCGUUUGGUGACUCUGAUAAAUGCAACCAAGAUGGAAAUGCAUAUAUCUCAUUUGGUCAAUGGGUUGGUGCAAUUAUUGUUUACACAUAUGUAUUCAAGAUGCUUGCUCCACCACCAGGACAGACCUUUGAUGGCUCUGAAGAAGACGAACUUCCAAUCAAGGCAUCUGGAGAGAAUGCAGUGCCCCAACUAGGUAAAUAUCCAACAAGCAUUUGCACAAGUACUGUAGCAGAGGAUGAGCCUCUGUUAUCCGCUGAGGAAGUUCAAAAUGAAAGUGCCACUUCUUUGGGAUCAAAGAUAAUGGGCCAUGUUAAAUGUGUUGUUAGAUUCCUAAAAGACAAGCAGCUUCUCCAACCACCAAUUAUUGCAUCUGCUUUUGCAAUUGUCAUUGGUGUUGUCCCAUUCUUGAAGAAUUUUGUCCUUACGGAUGAUGCACCUCUGUUCUUUCUUACAGACAGCUGCCUCAUUCUUGGGGAAGCUAUGAUCCCAUGCAUUUUACUUGCUGUUGGGGGCAAUCUUGUUGAUGGUCCUGGUGAAGGAAGUAAAAGGCUUGGUGUACGUACCACCGUGGCUAUAAUUUUUGCGCGGUUGGUCUUGGUCCCUCUUGCUGGGGUUGGCAUUGUCUUGUUAGUUGAUAAACUUGGUUUCAUUCCAAAAGGAGACAAAAUGUUCAAGUUUGUCCUGCUACUACAACAUUCUAUGCCCACAUCGGUGCUGUCAGGUGCUGUUGCAAACCUGAGAGGGUGUGGAAAAGAAUCAGCUGCGAUCUUGUUCUGGGUUCACAUUUUUGCCGUGUUCUCCAUGGCAGGAUGGAUCAUUUUCUAUUUGAGCUUGCUCUUCUAAGGCAAUUGAUCUGCAGAUACCUACUGCACAGGAAGAUCUUAAAAAGAAAUUUCAUCCAAAGUCGACGACGAAAAUAUUGCCAUGACCUGUACAAUAGCCACUAAAUCACGCCGAAAGCUUUAGAGGUACGAGUUGUAUCAGUACAGAUAUACGGUUACUCCAAUGCUAUGGUAACUGUGGUUUCCUCCCGCUGCUACGAGCAGUGAGCGAUGAGAAUUCGAUAUGAGCGUACAGCGUGUUGCACUGCUGCUACAAUCAGAUUAUUACACCGAACCCUUUAGAUCGGGAUGCCAUGCUCUUCCAAUCACUACACAUAUUUUCUUUUUUCUUUUUCAAAAUAAUGUAGGACCCCAUAAUCUCGAUUCAAUCCUCUACUUGGUCAAUGUCUAUGUUUGAGAACUCGUAUUCAAAUACAGUAGCAUAAUUGUAUAAUACUGUAUCUCUUUUGCAUGCCCAUUAUAGCGUGUCGAUUGUGCGGCACAUCGUAUUUCCUAUUGUA